AUGGCGAACGCUGGUGCUCCUCCCAACUAUUAUGUGAUCCUAGAGAUCUCCGAGACGGCUACGACUCAGCAAGUCAGAGAUGCAUACAAGAAAGCUGCCUUGAAAACGCAUCCCGACAGAGUUCCUGCCGACUCGCCUGAGCGAGCAACGCGUACCCGCAAGUUCCAGCUUGUUAACGAUGCAUACUAUACCCUCUCCGACCCCACAAGACGUCGUGAAUAUGACGCUCAGCGCAAGAUGUUCGGCACGUCCACGGGGUCGACAACCAACGACCCCUUCGAUGACCCCGAUGAGGAAGUACCCCCUCAAGCCGGUCCUAAUGCUUCAAAUGCCUAUUCUUGGGCAUGGAACUUCUUUACGGGCCGACAGGCCAACAAUCAAGAGCAGCGCGAACGAUCAGACAACCAACAGUUUGGUGACGUUUUUGAGGAGAUGCUGCGUGAAGAGGGCAUGGCUGAGGAGGGUACUAACCGGCCAACGAGCUCCUUCUGGGGAACUAUUGGUGGCGUUAGUGGUGCUGCGCUGGGCUUCAUCGUUGGAAACAUGCCUGGUGCGGUAGCUGGAGGUGUUGCUGGAAACAGACUUGGCGCAGUUCGAGAUGCAAAGGGCAAAAGUGUCUACGCGGUGUUCCAGGUUAGUGCGAAUCUGGAGAUAUCUACCGGGUAG